AUGGAUGGUAAACAAUUGAUCGAGCUUUUUGGUGACUUUGUGAGCUCUCAAGAUAAUGACGGAAAGGCUCGCGACACUCUCUUUGGAGGUUGCCUUAAGGCGUCAACUCGAGAGCUCUAUGAUUUUUUUAAUGAGCUCUCGGACCUUCUGCCCCAUUCUCUCGACACUCGCCUUCCGGCUUUGAUAGAUUACCUUUCUUACCUUUGUAAUCGAACUGCUUCAACUUCUGAUUUUGCCUCCAUUCUAAUUAAUACCGUCAUCGUGCGUAAUUUGCGCUACUUUGAUACCUCCGAUUUCGGAGAGCUCCUAUAUUACUGCAUCGAGCUCCUCUGGCGGACUUGUGACAAGAAGAUCGCCAUCCAAGUAACAAGCCGUCUGUUUGGUGCAAUUCUAGAUGCCCAUGGUGUCAUCGGUAUUUUGGUAUCAGAAGCUUUUGGUCGUCACUGUCUCAAGCGUGUCCUGUUUGAUUUCAACAUGAUUAAUCGGAUUGAGAGUGACGAGUUGCUUAGGGUCGCGGACGUGAUUGUAUCUCUUGUGGACAAUUGUUCUGUACACGCGAAUGCUCCAUCUCGGCCAUCAGAGGGACUUUUCAUGUACAAGGCUUGCACUGAACUAUCGGAAACACUGAUCAGUUACCAGAGUGCUGAACGCGCCAUUCUAAACGCAAAAAAGAAUUUGGUCCUGCCAACAUUACAGAAAAUGGUUAAGCAUAAAAAAGAAGACAGCAAUCAAAAACAAGACUGGAAUAGAAAACAAGACACUCGUAACUCGGUGGUUGUCAAGGAUUUACCGCCUUUUUCAACUCGAGAUGAGCAACACCUCUCUUUGUUAGGAAUGACAGCUCCUCGGAAGCCAUCAGAGUUAACGAACUUUUUGCGAGCUCUUGAACAACGGAAGAUAAAUUUACUCGGAGAUCUGAUGAAGUUCUUGCCGUGCUCAAGCUGUCACAAUCAAGCUCUUGUAUAUUUCUCCCCUGAAAAAUAUUCCAUUGAGGAGGAAUCGAUGGAUUACACAUCAUUCGAAAACCUUUUCCGACUUCCAUUCGAAUUUAGCGAUGAUGAUAAGCUUGGACCGUGGGAUGUUCUGCUCAGUGAAGACGCGGUUGAAGAUAUGCGGCAAUUGGAGACACCUCUUACGACCAAAGCAGUUAUGAAUAAACUUGGGCAGAUAUCGUCCGGGGAGUGGGAUCGACACAGGCUCAGAUGUACGGUUGCCAAUACUUCAAGCAGUAAUUCUGUAAAUGUCUACGAAAUACUACUUCCUGAACAAGGUGAACUGAGAAUUCUCUGGCAGGUUGACCGCGGGUUCUCUACUCGCAGCCACUCAUUCAUGCAGCUAGUGAGAAUAUGGGCCGUUACUGCUAACCAAGAACAGAUCUGCGAGACUUUAAGUAAUCUUGAGAUGGUUCACCAGGUCUAUACCCCUGCACACAUUCAACAGUGUGCGACGGGCAACAAUGAAAUUGUUCUUCCUAAAGUUUGUGAGGAUGACGAGGUAAAGUCUACUGACGACAGGCUGUGCGACCAACAGGCAGAUGAUGAAAGACUGCUAAAGGUUCACAAGAUGCUCGUUACAAAUAAAUUUAUUCCCUUGUCAAAGAAUUUGUUCAAGUCACUCGUCCUCGGAGGAUCUGGCUUCACCUUCCAAGUGUCUAAAACUGAGUAUGAAAUCAUCAACUAUCCUACAUCGGCUGUUAUCGUUGGUCGAUCGGGUUGGUAUAUUGACCCCGAGGAUGCUUCUAGACUGUGA